CAGACUGUUGAUUGAACGAGUUUGGCACGUAGAAAACAAAACCUGGAAUUGUUGAUGGAUAAAUAAAUCAAUAUGGCCACACAUAACAUAUUUUUUUUAAUGCUUCUAUUAUUUAAUCGUAUUUUUCGUGCCGUCAUCAACUACAAUGAAAAGUCUUCUUCUUUCUUCUUCCUUCUUCCACCUUUCUCAACUUCAUUUGCACCCUUUUAACUAUCAUCAUCAAUUGUGCACUGAGCAUUGACAACAACAACCAUGGCUCUUUCUCCUGAAACGUUCACAACCCGAAAACGACGACCAGCGGCGUCGUUUAACACAUCCAAGCUGAGCGACCUUAACCUUCUCUUCUCUCUGCUUCAACUCACGGAUCAGAUAUGUUCUUUAGACCUUAACAGCUCCGCCAACUUUCUCUUCAACCGCGCUUCAUGUUCCGCCAUCCGCAAAACGCAGCUCCUCGGUGUCGUUUUCGAAGACAUGAUUAGGUCUUCCACCGUGAAUCCCGAUUCCGUUGUGGUUCCCCACUCCCUCUUCCUCUGCCUCGAAGAAAUGUACAUCGUUCUGCACAAAAUCAAAACUUUGAUAGAAGAUUUCUCUAACGGAAGCAGGUUCAAUUUGCUCAUGCAAAUCGAAAUCGUCGCCGACACCUUCCAUAGGCUCACCGGGGAACUCUCGACGCUCCUUGACGUCUUCCCUAUCCAGGAACUCACCCUAAACGACGACGUUCGGGACCUCGUUCUCCUUGUCAGGAAACAGUGCUCCGAAUCCAGGCCUGUCAUCGGGACGGAACAGAUUAACCUUCGGCGCGAGGUUGUUUCCGUCCUCGACCGGAUCAAGAACGAGAUCGUUCCUGAUCAGGCGCAUCUUUCUUCGAUUUUCGAGAAAUUGGAGAUUCGUGACGCUUCGAGCUGCAGAGCGGAGAUUGAGAACUUGGAGGAGGAGAUUCAAAACCGUAGCGAGGAGCAAUCGAAGGCGGAUCUCGUAGCGUUGAUCGGCCUUGUUCGUUUCGCGAAGUGCGUUCUCUUCGGUGCAUCAACGCCAUCGACGAGGAGCGUCAGUCUGCGACGGAGUCGGUCGUCGGAGUUCGCAGUACCGGCGGAUUACCGGUGUCCGAUUAGCCUAGAGCUCAUGCAAGAUCCUGUCGUGGUGGCGACGGGACAGACGUACGAUCGUGUAUCUAUCAAACUGUGGAUGGAUUCAGGACACAACACGUGUCCGAAAACGGGUCAAACUCUAGCACACACAGACCUAAUCCCCAAUCGCGUGCUGAGGAACAUGAUAGCGACGUGGUGUCGCGAGCAGAAAAUCCCAUUCGAAGUGGAAACAGUUACAGGUAAACUCAACGGCGGAGUAACCAACAAGGCCGCGUUGGAAGCCACGCGUAUGACGGUGUCGUUUUUGGUGAACAAGCUGAAGGGAAACGACAACGCCCCUUUGUCUGUUGAAGAUACGAACGGCGCAGUUUACGAGCUUCGGGUUUUGGCAAAAACAGAUUCAGAUAGCCGAGCCUGUAUUGCCGAGGCGGGGGCGAUUCCGCUUUUGGUUCGGUUUCUUGAUGUGGGAAUGGAGAACCCGAGCCUACAGGUUAACGCCGUGACCACGAUACUGAAUUUGUCUAUUCUGGAGGCGAACAAGACGAGGAUAAUGGAGACUGACGGCGCGUUAAACGGGAUUGCCGAGGUUUUGCUGUCCGGUGUCACGUGGGAAGCGAAGGCCAACGCGGCGGCCACGGUGUUUAGUUUAUCUGGUGUGCCCGCGCACAGGAAGAAGUUGGGUAGGAAAACACGUGUCGUUAGCGGUUUGGUGAAUUUGGCGCGGAGUGGGCCCGAGGGGGCGAGGCGUGACGCGCUGGCGGCGAUACUCAACCUCGCGGCGGACAGGGAGACGGUGGCGCGUCUGGUGGAGGGGGGCGCGAUAUCAAUGGCUGCGGAGGUCAUGGCGGCGAUGCCGGAGGAGGGGGUGACGAUUCUGGAGGCGGUGGUCAAGAGGGGUGGGUUGGUGGCUGUGGCGGCGGCGUACGCCGGGAUUAAGCGGCUGGGGGCGGUUCUCAGGGAGGGGUCGGAGAGGGCGAGGGAGAGUGCGGCGGCGACGCUUGUCACCAUGUGUCGGAAGGGGGGGUCGGAGGUUGUGGGUGAGCUGGCGGCGGUUCCCGGAGUGGAGAGGAUAAUUUGGGAACUCAUGGCCGUGGGGAGUGUGAGGGGGCGACGGAAGGCGGCUACGCUGUUGAGGAUUUUGCGGCGGUGGGCGGCGGGGCUGGAUGGCGGAGAGAGUGAAGGGAUGUCAACAACCACCAUGAUCACUCCCUCAACCACUACAUUAGCACCGUAACAUUUAUAUGUUAUUCUGUUAAUAACAAUUUGUAAAUAUGUCUGAAAAGUGAAAGAUCGUUGAUUCAUUGUUUUUGUUUUUACAAUUGAUUUUGCCAUCCUGUAAAAUGUAAUCUAUGGAGCAGGUUUGUAUUUUAUAAAGAUUACUUUGGCAUUCUUUCAUUCCA